GUCUCUCGGGCAGUGACAGGUUUGCUGUUGUAGAGAACAGAAAUUUAACACAAAGCGCCUGCAUUAAAUAUUAUAUACAGAUAAAUAUUUCACCCGGAAGUGUUUAUUACUCGGUUUAUUUACUCGGAGUUUAAAAUACAGAAGGAAGUGAAUCUAAAGCGCUGUGUUCAGAGGCUCCUGAUUUUAGGUAGCUCCAGAAGCUGAAACUCUUCCAGCACGUGAGCGACACGUCAGUGACGUGACUGUGAACCUCUGUCAUGGAGGCCAUCGCCAAGUAUGACUUCAACGCCACUGCAGACGAUGAGCUGAGCUUCAAACGUGGAGAGAUACUGAAGGUGUUAAAUGAAGAAUGUGAUCAGAACUGGUAUAAAGCUGAGCUUUAUGGGAAAGAAGGAUUUAUCCCCAAAAACUACAUCGAGAUGAAGACACACCUGUGGUUUUAUGGUAAGAUACCACGUGCGAAGGCGGAGGAGAUGCUGAAUAAACAGAGACAUGACGGAGCGUUUCUCAUCAGAGAGAGUGAGAGCGCACCGGGAGAUUUCUCUCUCUCUGUCAAGUUUGGGAACGAUGUGCAGCACUUUAAGGUUCUGAGGGAUGGGGCGGGGAAGUACUUCCUGUGGGUGGUGAAGUUUAAUUCUCUGAACUCCCUCGUGGAUUAUCAUCGCUCAACGUCCGUCUCCAGAAACCAGCCCAUCUUCCUGCGUGAUCUAGAACAGGUGCCACAGCACAUGUCCUAUGUGCAGGCUCUGUUCGAUUUUGACCCUCAGGAGGACGGUGAGCUCGGGUUCCGCCGUGGAGAUCUCGUGCAGGUUCUGGACAACUCAGACCCAAACUGGUGGAAGGGGGCGUGUCACGGGCAGACCGGAAUGUUCCCUCGGAAUUACGUCACUCCGGUUACGCAGCACAUGUAAACACACAUGUGGCAACAAUACGCAUUUACAAAAACACCAUACACACACAAACAGUGGAGUAGCAGAAAAGGAGUGUAAGGAAAGUUCAUUAAGACUUCCUGCUGGAUUGUCACUGAAUCACAGAUGCUUGGGAUCGGUCUCUCAGCAGAGUUCUGCCCUGUGAUAGGAGGAUGGUGCUCGAAGCUGAUUGGUUAGAAGGGAGCUGCUGUUUUCUUCUUCACUACACACUCUGCACUAAACAUAAAGAAAUACCCAAAUAAGUAUUAUGACUGGUCUAAAUGAAAGGACGUGAAGCGAGCAGUCAUUCUGCUCACAACUCUGAAAUGUGUGUGUGUGUGUGUGUGUGUGUGUGUGUGUGUGUGUGUGUGUGUGUGUAUUUCUGCUGUAUAAUCACUAAUAACAUAAUUUUUGAUGCUCGUCUCAUCAGCAUGCGUCAUUUCCUACAUCUUUCUCUCUAAUGAUGUCACUGCCAUUGAACAGGUGAGUCAGGCCUCACCCACUCAUUAGUAUUAAUUAAUCACAUGACCGGAUGUCAGUGUGAAUGUGUCUUCACUAUAAAGGCCAAAUCUAACAUGGCUGUGUAACACCACAGCAUCAUGACUAAUAAUGUCUUCUUGUGAUUCAGAUCAGCAGAGAUGUGAUGCCUUUGUCUCCUUAUCAUUCUUUCUAAAAAAAUGUGAUGGUCUCAGAUGAUGUCACGAGGCCAAUGAUGUCAUAAUGUUUACUGACUGAUGAUCUUGAAGGUACCAUCUGUCUUGAGGUUUUAGUAAUUUAGUAUUUUUGUUUUGUAUCAAAGUGAAAUAUUUAUAGGUUUUUGCACUGUCAUAUAGUGGAACAGCAGUAUUAAGUACAACAGUAUACUUUUAUUAAAAAAAAAAAAAGGAAAGGAAAGAAGACAUUGUAAAAAGACUUCACAAUAAAAAAAACUUCUUUUGUG